CUGAAUCUGCAGGCUGGACCUCUUCCACCGGGCACCACAUCAAUACUAUUUCGUUUCUUGUUUCCCGAGGAGGACCACAAGCGAAAGUUCGGUUUGAGGGAUAAGAGUCUUGUCCGUGACAUCGCGGAUAGCCUCUGUGUAACUGAAGACGCGCUCUGCGAACAGUGCGACUUUGCGGGAUGUCCAGGGGAUCAUGUUUAUGAAUUCCUCCUUCAAAGAUAUUCUCCCGACAAGGAUUAUCGCGGAAAUCUCGACAUCGUCGAAGUCAAUGAACUUUUGAAUCAGCUAGCUUCAACAUCACCUUGGUCUCACGUGGAUUAUUCGAAGAAAACCCUCAGUCGUAAUUCUACUAAAUCCCUUCUGACAAGGAAGGACAUCUUGAAAACUCUCUAUCGACAAAUGGCUCCCUAUGAGGCUGCUGUUCUGACCCAAAUCAUUUUGAAAGAUCUACGUGGACUACUUUACCCACAAAUUGAAAGGGAUCCUACUGCUGCUUUGAAAGAUUAUAAUACUAAAGCAGUGAAAAUCUUGACUAAGGAAAACGCCAUGUGGGCUUGGGAUCCAUCGAAUAGUAUGAAUAGGUCGUAUCGCGCUAGAUGGGAUUUGGACGUUGCAGCCAAAGCAUUUGAGAGUGGUCAGGAGGUGGGACCAAGGAUCGGGACUCAAAUUGGGGUUCCAAAGUCCCAGAAAGGUCGUAGCUGCAAGCAUGCCCUUUCAUUCUUCUCAGACUUUUCGCAAGUGUGGGCAGAGACCAAAUAUGAUGGAGAACGGGCACAGAUACAUGUUCAAGUCAUACACGGGCAAAAACCUCAAAUCACAAUAUUCAGCAAAAGCAAGAGGGAUUCAACAAGCGAUCGUCGAGCUAUACAUGCCGUAAUUCUGGAUUCUCUUGGGUUGAAUGGUCGUCCGGGAGUUGAGCCCCGAAUCAAGAGGAGUGUGGUGUUGGAUGCGGAAAUGGUUCCGUGUGAGGGGACACGGAUUUUGGAAUUUUGGAGAAUACGAAGGUUGAUCCGCGAAACUGCAGUAGGCGUCCGAGGCAGAGGAAGAGAUAGAGGAAAUGAAUGUGUGUCCGAAUCAUCACUCUUGUCAAACACACAAGGCCAACAUCUUGGCCUUGUCUUCUUCGAUAUCAUGUAUCUUGAUGAUGAGUCUUUACUCCAAACACCUUACAACCUCCGGCGUGAAAAACUCGAAGAGCUGAUCAUCAAAGAGCCUGGAAAGGCUAUGUUGGCAGAUAGAUGGCUCAUCAAUCUCGAUGAACCUUCUCAAAACUCUCCGAGUACUGCAAGACGAACUUUGCAUGAUGUAUUUGCUCGGCGUAUAGCGGUCGGAGAGGAAGGAUUGGUACUCAAGGCAGCGGAUUCCGAAUAUAACGAAGCGAAAAAACCUUGGGUCAAGUUGAAAAAGGAUUAUAUUGAAGGUCUUGGGGAUACUGUUGAUCUAGUUCUUUUGGGUGCUGCAUGCGUUCCUGAUCGUGCGCUGGAACUUAGAGUUCCUCCUACUACUUUGACUACGUUCUACAUCGGGGCACAGACUAAUAAAGAAGAAACUGCGAAUAACUCCGAAGCGUUACCCCACUUUUACAUCUAUUUUACUGCUGCGUAUGGGCUUUCCCGAGUAGAGUUGGAAAGGCUCAAUUUUUUGUUGAAGAAUGAUGAUCCCAUUCGAUAUACCACGAAACAAUUGCCACGGGAUGGACUGGAAUACACGUAUACGAUGUACGACAAACUAGCUCGACCAGAACUCAUGUUACGAAAACCGAUCGCAGUUGAAUUAUAUGGGGAUAGGUUCACUGUUCCAGAGGGAAGCAAGCAAUACGAAUUACGCUGGCCUCGAAUUACCAAAUAUUUUCGUCGACAUGAACGUUCGUGGUCAGAUUGCAUGUCGUUACAAGAGCUCCGGAAGCAAGCGCGGGAGGCGAUGGGUCGU